CGCGAGAUCAGGUCCAGGGUAGUGUCCUUGGUGAAAUCUCGUGAUAGUUGCGCCCGUCGCCGCGGUCGGUGUCAACAUGAACGGCUACGGGGAGAUUCUGGACGGCACCGACUGUUUCCGUAAGACCUGGCUUGCGGGGCGCCUCGGGGCCCUUACCGGUCUCAUCGGUUCAACUUACCAUGUAAUUCUGUACUCACCAGAAACAUACCUAGAAGGACUUACGAGAGUAGCCAAAUCUACUGUCACUAUGGCCACUCUAGGGGCAGUUUUUGGGGCAACAUCUUGCAUCAGUGCUGACCUUCGAGAUGCUCCAGACGACCCACUGAACUACUUUAUUGGAGGAUGUGCAUCGGGGAUGAUAAUAGGAGCCAAAACUAAGAAUUUUCUUAUCGGCACUUCAUCUUGCCUUGGUCUUGGUGCGUUGGGAGCUUUUGUCAAGUUUAGCAGACAGAGAGGCUGGACAUUUUUGUACUAUCCUCAAAAAUAACUUGGACUUUCUAAUUCUAAAAGCAGAUGUCCUUUUCUGUCUUCUUUUAUCAUAUAUAGAAGCAUUGUCGUAUGUACAGUUGCUAGUCACUGAUUGAAGCUCAUGGGGCUUCCAAAUGAUAUAUAAAUAUUUAGUAAUAAUUGAAGGAUGUCGAAAUAACUUGUACAUAUGAUGAAGUGUUGAUGUCACUGAACUGCCUGUUCUGAGAGGAACUUACACCCAAAUAAAUAAUUAUGCUUGGA